AACAAGGAAGCGCUCACAGCCAGGCAGGCCGGCGUGUUGGUCAGAGUGAACAGUCUGUCCCUCUCCCUCAUAGAUUUUACCUUGGAGACGAUCAGAGAAGAGGAGCUCACCCCUGGUGGGAACCGCGGCUCGGCUAUGGACGUCCCGGAUUCUCCACACGGGAAUAUGGGGCUCCUACGGACCUUUGACUCCUCUGAGUUUGGCAGCUGGGAAAAAAUCGGCUCAGGUGGAUUUGGACAAGUCUACAAAGUCCGGCACCGACAGUGGAAAACAUGGCUGGCGAUCAAGUGCCCCCCCUGCCUCCGCAUGGACGAGAAGGAGCGCUCGGAGCUGCUGGAGGAGGCCAAGAAGAUGGAGGCGGCCAAGUUCCGGUACAUCCUGCCGGUGUACGGGAUCUGCGACGACCCCCAGGGCCUGGUGAUGGAGUACAUGGAGACGGGGUCGCUGGAGACGCUGCUGGCCACCGAGCCGCUGCCCUGGGAGCUCCGCUUCCGCAUCAUCCACGAGACGGCGGUGGGCAUGAACUUCCUGCACUGCAUGAGCCCGCCGCUGCUCCACCUGGACCUGAAGCCGGCCAACAUCCUGCUGGACGCCCACUACCACGUCAAGAUAUCCGAUUUCGGCCUGGCCCGCUGGAACGGCCUGUCACGGGCCGACGACAUCAGCAGAGACGGGUUCUGCGGUACGAUCGCCUACCUGCCGCCCGAGAGCAUCAUCGAGAAGGACCGGGUGUCGGACACCAAGCACGACGUGUACAGUUUCUCCAUCGUCAUCUGGGGGAUUCUCACGCAGAAGAAACCCUACCAAGGAGACAAGAACAUCCUGCAGAUCAUGGUGAAGGUGGUGAAAGGAGUGCGCCCGGACCUGGCAGCAGUGCCGCGCUGCCGACCGUCAGCCUGCGCCGGCUUCCUCAGCCUCAUGCAGCGCUGCUGGGCCACCAAGCCCGAAGCCAGACCCAGCUUCCAGGAUAUCACAUCGGAGGCCGAGGAGCUCUGCUCAAAACCUCAGGAGGAACCAAGAACGCCGACUCUGUCCACGUCAGAGCUGGAGCCCUCGUCACAGAGAUCCCUCACAGAUGAGCCGGUAAACGACGGUAAGCCCGUGCGUCCCAAGUCGGCCACGCUACCGGAAAAAGACUACACCCUAUCGGAGCUGCUGAACCAGGUGGAUUAUGGGAUCUCGAGGAGCUUCGAUCGAGUGAAGGAGGAUAGCUGCCCCAGCAAGGAGAACACCAGCAAAAGACUGUCGGGCAUCUCCUCUGCAGACUCCGCCUUCUCCUCUCAAGACUCCAUCACGCUGUCCUUCGAGAAGGAAAGCAACUGUGAAUUAGCGGAGAUCCAAAAGCGGAAGCUGUGUGAAGCCAUCAGGACCAAAGACAUCGCCAAGCUGAUGAAGAUUCUCCAGCCUCAGGACGUCGACCUCCUCCUGGACGGCGGGGGCAGCCUGCUCCACCACGCCGUCGCCAUGGCCAACGAGGAGGCGGUCAAGUUCCUCCUGCUGAACAACGCCAAUCCCAACCUGGCCAACUCCCGCGGCUCCUCGCCGCUCCACGUGGCCACGGAGAAGCACCUGAAGCCGCUGGUGGAGCUCCUGCUCGGCCGGCGCAGCACCAACGUCAACGCCAAAGACGAGGACCAGUACACGGCCCUGCACUGGGCGGCCCAGAACGGGGACGAGGCCAUCACGCGGCUGCUGCUGGACCGGGGCGCAGCCAUCAACGAGACCGACGGUCAGGGACGCACGCCGGCGCACGUGGCCUGCCAGCACGGCCAGGAGAACGUGAUCCGGGUGCUCCUGAGCCGCGGGGUCGACGUUCGGAUUAAAGGCAAGGACCACUGGACGGCGCUCCACUUCGCCGCCUGGCAGGGACACCUGGGGAUCGUGAAGCUGCUGGUCAAGCAGGCCGGCGCCGACGUGGACGGCCAGACGACCGACGGCCGCACGCCUCUGCAUCUGGCGUCCCAGAGGGGGCAGUAUCGAGUGGCGCGGAUUCUGAUCGAGCUGGGGGCCGACGUCCACCUGACGUCGGCCGGGUCAAACACGCCGCUUCACGUGGCGGCGGAGACGGGACACACCAGCACCUCUCGCCUCCUGAUCAAACACAAAGCGGAUAUCCAGGCGCAGAACGCCCAAGAACUCACGCCGCUCCACCUGGCCUCGCAGCGCGGCCACCUGGCCACCGUCAAGAUGCUGAUCGAGGAGGGGGCCGACCCCUACGAGUCCAACCGGGCUCUGCGCACGCCCUGCCACGUGGCGGCGGAGAACGGACACUGUGACGUCCUGAAAGAACUGCUGCUUCACUGUCCGGACGGAGCGUCCCUGCUGGACGGACAGGGCCUCAGCCCGUUACACCUGGCAGUGAAGGGCGGACACUCAAACGCCAUUACCAUGCUGCUGCCGCACGAGUGCCGGGACUCUCUCCCCGAGAGCCCAGCGCAGCAGGAUGCCGGUAGCCUCCGGGAGGACGCCGGUCCCCUACAGGAGGAUGCCGGUUCCCUCAGGGAGGACUCUGACAUUGGGCCACUCCAGAGGAAAGUGGUAAUCCUCAAACUGACAGAGCACAGGAACAAAGACGGCCCACAGCCCUGCAGCUCCCACUGCGCCUCAGCACAGUGCUAACCAGAGCAAAAGACACUGCCAGAAAUGUAGCGAACUGUCUUCCAUGUAUAUUGUUUUUUUUCUACUCUGCUGCCUCAAAGUUGGGUAUGGGAUAGUCAUUCCAGUCUUCAAGGUUUUUGGACGCAAUGGGCCAGGACCCUAACGACCAGAUAAGCUUCGAUGUAAAUAUGUACACUGUGAAUCUGUAAAUACAAAGUAUAAAUGCCGUUUCAAUUGUAAUGUUUACUUUUUUACUCGGAGACAAUCAGUGAUUAUGAUUAAGAAUGCUGUGGGAUCUUUUAAACAACACCACCAUGCAGCUGAUGUACCUGUAAGCUAUAUUUAAAAGAACACCAACCGGUCGUGAGCCUGCCAGACAAAUGCAGUAGAUCAUUGCCUAUAAACAUUCAGUGUUCUGUACGUGUUACACAUCAGUGCUGCAUCAUCCAUUAAAACAUCUGAAAACUAUGCUCCGGCUUCAAUUUGUUGCUUUUGAUGAUCAUGGUAUGUGACAAACCUUUUGCAAGGGAAGAUACGACGUUCUAAUCACAUGACUGCAGCCUCACACUGAAGUCUGCAAACAUGCUUUUCCCUGAAAUCGUUAUUUCCUUUCAAUAUUUGGACAAUGGGACAUGCCUUAAAGUUUAAAGAAUUGCAUCUUAGGCUCUGCUUACUUGAUGUUUUCAAGUGAAAAUGUGGAACUUUCUGUACAUCUUCGGGGUUUGUUUACAUGACAGCGUUGCUUGGCGCCAUUGGAAAAGCAACUUUUUAAAAUGUUCCACUCCCCCUUUCAGUGAGAAGUCACAAACACGUCUCUGAAUGCUACUAUUGUGCAUUUGAAUGUCUGUGAAAUCCCUUUGUUACUGUUUAUAGAGUAUAUUGGUUUCACCAUAAAAAUGACCAACUGCGCCAACUCGAAGUAUGAAAUGCUGAACUACAUUGUUUUCGACAUUUUUGCCAUUUCCAUGUAAACAGGCCUUUU